CGCUCUCGAUGGAAGCCUUCCUCGCCGCCGCGGCUGCCGACGACGACCCACCGCGCCUGGCCCUCGUCCCGGGCGGGGGCGUCCGCGUCGACGCGGCUUUCCUGGACGCCGUCCCGUCGCUGCGCUGCGUCGUCACGGUCAGUGCAGGCCUCAACCACAUCGACCUCCCCGAGUGCGCGCGCCGCGGCGUCGCCGUGGCCAACGCGGCCGGGGUCUACUCCUCCGACGUCGCCGACCACGCCGUCGCCCUGGUCAUCGACGUCCUCCGGCGCGUAUCCGGGAAGCGCGUGGGCAUCGUCGGCCUCGGCAGCAUCGGAUCGGCAGUCGCGAGGAGGCUGGAGGCGUUCGGCUGCGUCGUCUCCUACCACUCCCGCGGCCGGAAACACGACGUCUCGUACUGCUACCACCCCGCGGUGCGCGACCUUGCCGCGUGCUCCGACGUGCUCGUCGUCGCGUGCGCUCUGACCGCCGAGACCCGGCACGUCGUGGACAGGCGCGUGCUGGACGCGCUGGGGAGCGGCGGCGUGGUGGUGAACGUGGCGCGCGGCCCGAACGUGGACGAGGGGGAGCUGGUGAGGGCGCUCGCGGAGGGCAGGCUCGCCGGCGCCGGGCUGGACGUGUUCGAGGACGAGCCAGACGUGCCGGCUGAGCUGAUGGCCAUGGACAACGUCGUGCUGACGCCUCACUGGGCCGCGUUCACCCCGGAGUCCAUAGCCGACCUCGACCACCUCGUCGCCGGCAACCUGGAGGCCUUCUUCGCCGGCGCCCCGCUGCUUACGCCCGUCGUCGUCUCCGACUGAGCACAAAGAAUGUCGAUCGUCACUGACCGCGAGCUCUUCAUCACAAAGAAUAAAACUGGCAUUGAUUAGUCCACCACCAA